GUAUGAAUGCAUAUUUUACUAGCGCCCCGUGCACCCUUCCCCACAUCGCAGCAGCAUCUUUUCUACGUACAUAACCAUUCAUAACUAUGUUCAGAAUUGAUCCACUCCGCCUGCGCCCCGGCUCUCAAUAACAGACCUGACAAUGUCCGCCGAUCCGAACCACUAUGGCACCGUCUCGGGCCCACCAGCCAUCACCGAGGAUCCCAGGCCAGGUUUUGUUCCCAUCUCUAACAACGACCCAUGGCUGCUUAUUUCCUUCUCGCCACCCAUGUCUUGGGCCGUUGGUCCCGCCGUCCUAACCGACUCCACCGCUAGCUCGGAGGCUAGCUUCAUUGCUCCCUACCCGUCUCCGCGAUCAUCAGCGGGAGGAGGCAUUGGCAGAGGUGCGAGAAGACACGGAGAAAUCGCUGAAUUGGGUCGACUCCAGAAAGGCCGUCCAUGGUGCCUGUAUAUGUUUGCUUGA